AGCAGUCAUAAGAGGAAGUCUCCGUUCAAAUAAAAUCAAAGACAAGGGAAGAGCUGGUUGCACUCCAUCCAUUCCUGCGGACCGCAGUGUAAAAACAAACAAAUUGAAUCAAAACCCAGAAAAAGACUUGAAUUCUUUCACCUUCAAAAUCUAUGUUUCUUUUCAGGUAGAAAGAAAAAAGUGAGAGGUUUUUGUUGUGGGUUGUUUGGUUUGGAGAAUGAUGAGUGAGAGUAAUAAGGCCAUUGAUGUCUUGUCAACCCCAACAUCCUCGUCUCGUUUGUCACCUUUGGCUCGUCCGUUCACUAUCAGCAACCCUUUCAAUCGCCAUGAAUCCUUUGACCCUUUACUUGACUCUUCUUCUUCUUCUUUGUCUACUUCCAAUCUUGAUCAACCCUUUCCCUACCUGAGUUUGGGUGGUCAAGGUCGUCAUGGCUACCAUGCCUAUCACUCAGAUACUACUUCUAUUACUGCUUUCCCUUAUGUUGAUGACCUUGACUUUGAACCCGAUUCUCGUUUUCCAUACUACCCAUUAGAGGAAUCUGCAGUUCACACCCAUUUCACUUUGCCUACUCAUCAAUCUUCUCAAACUAGUUUCAUUCCUAGUUCUUCAAGCUUGGGCAAUGUGGGCUACAAGAGUAGAGUGCAGGGAACUGCAACGAAUCAACAAGGGCCAGAUGUUCCCCACAAGAAACUGCUUGAGCAAGGUACAACUGUUGAAGGAUCAAAACUUGUUAGUGAAACAUCUUCUGUUUUGCAUGGAAAAGUCAGUGUGGUCAUAGGAAAAGAUAAUCGAAUUAGACCAGAAGACAUGGAGGACAUACGUACUGAAAGCAGUGUUUAUCAACUGGCUAAUUCUGAGAUAAAUUUGUUGAACAAAUGUAUGACAAAGCCAUUGACGGCAUCAUUGGAUUUGUCCUUUUCUCCCAUACCUCAAGAUUCUCAAAGUCAACUGUCAUACUCAGCCCCAUUAAUGACUUGGAGUCAUUGUGAUUCAACUAUUAUUACCAAUGAGAGAUGCUUUCCACAUUUUGGUUCACGUGCAGCUGAAACUCUGGUUUCAUGUGCACCAGAGUGUUUUUCUUAUUCAGCUCCAAAUUUCAAACCAUCAAGUUCUAGUUCCAAUCCUUCAAUUGUUAAACCGUUUACAUUAAAGUAUGCGGCUUCUGGCAGCACUGAGCCAGUCUGCAAAAGGGAUACUUAUUUUGACCAUGUUUUGUGUAGCAUGAUGGAUACUGAUGAAGUGCAGAAUCCUGUAGAAAAGGUGGCUUGCCAUGACCAAGUCAUAGUAGAAAAAGGUGAAAAAAGAAAGAUUGUUGAACCUGUCCUCAGUGAGAUUAAAAAUCCCUCUAUUACAGCAAAACCCAAGCUUCAAACUGCUUGUCCCAAUUUUCCUGAAGACUUAACUCUGGAACAACAUGGUGCUAAAGCAGGUAUACCUGAUGAUAAAUCUUCCACUAACCAUGAUGAUUCUGAUGUAGAUUCACCUUGCUGGAAAGGAAUCCAGGCUUAUAAAUCUCCAUUCAGAGAUUUAGUGCCUGUAAAUUCAGAAGAUUCUAAGGGUCAAUCUCCAGCAGCUAGAGCUUCAGUGCCUCUGAAAUCAGAACAUUCCAAGAAUGAAAAAGUGGCACGUAAUAGUUUAGAUCCUCUGGCACCUGUGUUUAUUCCUGGAAAUUCUAAACAAAAAGUGGAUUACCAUCAGAAGGAAUGUCAUGGAGAUAGUUCCUUGUCUUCUCAGAAGAUUGCGGCUUUAGCUGUUAUUUCUUCAUCAGCAGAACACAAAUUAACAGAUUCUGUUAAAGCAGGAACAUGUCCUACAGAAAGGAUCAGUGAUAUAGCAAGAAAGGAGCAUUGUGUUCCCUUCGAGUCAUUUAGAAGUUCAGUGGUAAAUUCUUCUUGUAGUUUUCAGCCAAAUCUCAGGGAAGAGUAUGUUACAUCUGAAAGUCAGCUUGUGAGAGGUACAAGUGUUGGUGGCUCCAUGGAGGGUAUUGCGGAUGCAACACAUAAUGGGUUGGAUAGUGUUGAGGACAUUGCACGUAAUCGGCCAAGUACUAGCAUCUCUUUCCUUACAACAGAAAUUGCCUUGAAUUCAAAUUCCACUGGAAUUGGUCUUUUUUCUGAUUUUUCUGAAAGACUUCAAGAGCCAUCAAAGUCUACACCUCCCAAAAUAGAUGUUAAAUUAUUGAUUAAUACAAUCCAAUAUUUGUCGGAGUUGCUUCUACAGAAUUCUUCAUUUGAUUUAGGUUCACUGAGUGAGCAUGAGCAUGAGCAUGAUAAACUCCUAAAUAUAAUCAAUAACAUUUAUGUUGUUAUCAGAAAUAAGGCUGGUCAAAUGGCUGUGAGGCCUGUAUCAAGUGAUCCGUGCACUUUAUACUACCAGAGACAGCCAGCUGCUCACCAUGAGGUAACAAAGGUGAAGGAUAAAGUUGUUUUACAUGAUCAGGAAAUGCGUAAGACAUCUGCUCACAUUUUUAGUAGAAUGUUGUAUUCUUUUAAUCAAAGCAAUGAUGAUGAAGGUUUCAGGAAGGGCGAUGACAUCGGUCAGAUUCAGGUUAUUGAGAAGGAUCCAAAAGUAAUUCAUUCAAUAGAGCAUGAAAUGCCCCCAGAAGUCUUAUUUUAUAGGAAUUUGUGGCUUGAGGCUAAAGCAGCUUUAUAUUUAAUGAAAUAUCAAGGGCAUGCCUUGCACAUGAAAUCAGAGCCAGACAGACACUGAUUAAAAUAAAGGUUAUUUUCUUUACCUCAACCCUUAAACAUUUUCCCCUUUCGAGACUGCCUUUCUACUCUGGCACAUUUUCACAGCAGUGCAUUCCAAGCCCUAAAUUGAUGGUUGUAGGAAGCUGUGGCUAAAAGACAUGUAUUUGUAGGACCAUCUUUAUAACUAAUUUUCACUAUUUUGGCAGUUGUAUAGGGGUUCACUUUAGGGCUCUGCUUGAGCCCGUAAUCUAACAUGUGGGGUUGAUGAGUCGAAGUGCAGGUGGAAGGAGGAUAUUUUGUGCAUAGGUGAUAAAUAUAAUGAAGAAACUGUGAUACAUUUCUGAAUGUGGUGAAGCCUUGGAUGGAAGCUCCUGUCCUGGACCUGCAAGCUACCAGAUUUUGUGUUUAAUGGUAGUUUAAAAGUUGUUAUCUUAACACAGAAGGAUAAAGCCACCAGAGUCUGUGUUUCUGGUGACAAUAUGGGGCAGAAAAGUCAGUUGACAAGGCAUCGAGGUAAGCACCCCCAAGGUUCAGUUCACCAUCCCUGAGGAUAUACACUCAGCUUGUGGCAGAUAACUUGUAAAUGGUAUUUCUCUCACUAAUACUAAACUGGCUGUUGUCCCGCAACUAGGCCCAUUGCGUCUAAGAAAACGUUUUGGGCCGCUUAACAUGUGGGUUCUGUUCUAUUUUCCGUAUUGAACAGCGUUGUUGGACUGCUUUUGCCUAUGUGAACAUUCACUUGAAGGGCUGCAGCCCUAGUUUUUGGCAGUACUACUCAUCCAUUCUUGCGUUUUUGUUCGGACAAACGUACGUGAUUAUUAAGAUGUAAAAAUCAGUGUGAGGUUAGAAUGAAACUAAACAAAGUGAAGCAGCACCAAAAUCAUUUUUUCAUUUUCCAUUAUAACCAGAGUGAGUGAAUCAUAAUUAAUAUCCCAUCACAUUUAUCCCAUGGUAGGAUUAAUGGUGGAAUUCCUCGAUCACUCUUUUCUUCUGAUAUCCAACAAAUUUUCACGGCGAAAACCUGUCAAAAACAAUGACGUUUCAGUAUAUGCCAAUGGUACAACCAAAACGGUAUACCAUGUAGUUCCAAGAAUUAAUGAAGGGAAGAGCAUCGUUGUGAUUUUAAGUACGAUAAUAGUUGAAAAGAUAAGUAUUUUUCUAGUGGUCUGGUUGGAGAUGGAAGGUCAUUUAUCUCUCAUUUACUAUAGUGGUACCGCGCAAAGGCUUAGGUUUUGAAUACCCAGUUGGAAGUACAAUGACAGGCCAUGUAAAACCUUCACUCAGGCUAAAGUGACUACUCAUUCAAGUGGGGGACCCCUAACUGGGCAUCCUAUUUACAAUGGCAAUAGAGAGAAUUUAAUUUGUAAAAUAAAUAGAAGGAAAGUCAAUACUGCCAAACCUCAAUGUAGUUUAGCUCUAAUUGCGCUGCUCCCUCUCCCAAAAAUGGUCCAUAUACAUAAAAUAUGGUCCAUCCCAUCUCAUCAUUAUUGCAUGAAACCAGAAUAAUGGUGUUGUUAGAAGAUGCCAUGCCAGGCAGGCUAAAAAAAUAAAAAAACUGAGCAUUGUAGGAAGGGAAUGGGCAUAUCGCAAAUGGUUGCAGUUGGGAUAUCUUAACAACAAUCUGGGCACCCGGCAUUAAUUGUGGGAGAGCAAAGUGUAGGACAAAAAAUCAGCCCCAUGACAUCCCAGGUGGUCAGAAUUUUUCAGUCAGCCCCACCUCCCCCCAUCCCCCCCCUUUCUUCCUUUUUUUCCCCUCCUCUGCUUCUG